ACCCAGACAGAAGAAAGAGAAGAGUUCUAUUGCUCUUUCUGUAGUAUUCAGGCGACAAACUCAGAGAAAAUGGUUUUUUCAAUGAACAGCAAUACACAGCAGAGUGACUGGCAAAGACAAGAUGAUUCUCCAAACACCACAGAUGAAGGACAGUUGUAUUGUUACAAUUACAGUGCGCAGUUUAUGUCGCUGAGUCUGCUGCCGUCUGUGAUUAUUAUACUCCUGCUGUCGUUUGUUGAACGCAGACAGAAUAUACGUGACUGUGAGAGGAGAAUGCCGUGUCUGACAGGACGAUUCGGUUGCGUAGUACCUCUGGACUUCAUGGGGAAGAUGAAGAACCGCUGGUCUUACGGUUUUGCCUUUGGUGCUGUCAUGCCGUAUGUGAUCAACCUGAUAAUUAACAGCACCUUGAAUCCGAACGUGCCGUCUUAUAUCAAAGUGUUGGUGGCUCUGAUCACUGCAUUGAUAGUGAGUAUCACCUGCAUGCCGUUAUUCAUCUGUCUCUCCACACCACACCGGCAGCUCGGUGGAGUUCUGGGGCUGAUCUAUUCACUCUCCUGGCUGAUUGCACUGUUGUGGAUUUGUUUCUCAUGUUACACAGUUGCACCUGAUGAUGAUUAUGAGAAGCUUGUGUUGUGGUACGUGUGGUUGUGUCAACUCCCACAGAUACUGUGCUUGGGAUUCCUGGUGUGUCGCUUUGGCUCUUUCAUAAUGCAGAACCGGCUGAGGAAUCUCAAGAAGCAGGACGAAGUAAAGGAGAAUGAGUACAAGCAUGUUCAGUGUUUACUGAGACGGCCUUCUGAAGUGUCCAUGCAAAAGAACUGGUUUCAGAGAAAAGUAUACGAAUGGGAUCCGUAUUUUAAAUUCCCAAACAGAAUCAUCGCCACUGUUGUUCUCUCCAUCUACGGACUGUUUGUGAUUAUAAUAUCAGAGCAGAUGUUUUCUUGGUGGUUGACAAUACAGGUAUAUAAGUUUUGGAAAUUUUUUCAAAUGUACCUGCCUGAAUCAGUCUUUAUCACACACCUGAACUACAUCACAUACACCUGGUAUAUCUCAGCAGCUUGUGCCAUGCUUUCAUCUGUCCUUCACGUCAGCCAGGUGUUGUUUAAUUACAGAAAGCACAUAAAAUCCCUGCGAGUUGGAGAAAAACAAUUCUUGCCAAAGAAGUACAAGCUGAACCCUUCUCAAGGAGUGAUGGGGCUUUUGAAAUAUCCUAGCUAUCAGAUUGCCUACUGCAUGUGGGGUUAUCUGAUUAUUCACAUGCCGAUGUUUGUGACAGGCCUGGUGCUCGUGUAUCUGGUUGUAUCACCUAUCCGGGAACACGGCUUUCUCCACUGGCUGAAUCUGACUGCUACGAGUCUGUUGAAUUUUUUCCUCUUGCUGGCUCUAAUGGGGUUGCAGCGCAUGUUGGGACAUUUAUUUUUCUUGCAAGACAAAACCACAGAGAAGGAUAAAGACAAGCCACUAGCACUCAACAACAGAAAGGCCUUCCACAUGUUUAACUACUUCUUCUUCUUCUUCAACAUGAUCUCCGGCAUAAUGAGUUGCAUGUUGCGAAUAUUAAAAAGUGCUGCCGUGGGUCUGAUGUUAGUGUCACGCAUCGAGCGAACCAUAAUGCCAGAGGGCUUCGAAAAUAUGGACUUGUGUUUCAGUAUGUGGGUGGGAAUGAUCAUGGCGGAUCAUUAUCAUACUAAUCCCGUUUUGGUGUGUUUUUGUCACUUACUGCUCAAACAUAUGGUGAGUCUCAGAUACAGAUCAAACUCUUUCACAAACUCAGAGUCGCAAGUGAAGGACCGGGUUUACAUUCGUUGGCAUCUGGCGUACACCCUCCUGAGGAACCCAAAACUCAUCCUGCUCAGGAAGAAACACAAGCAAGUGAAUGACAGAGAGAGAGAACUGGCCUUCGCCUGGGCCAUUUCAAAUAAGGCUUAAAAACAACAGCAUCAACACUGAAAAACUCUGGAACACCUUGCAACAAUAUUUAGCUGUAUUUGUUUUUUCAAGUAAAUGAUUUUUAUUGAAAAAAGUAUUAAACAAAAAAACCCUAAAUUUUCACAAUAUUAUGUUCACAAUAUUGACUUGCUAGUAGCAGAGUAGCAGUACAUUUCAGGUAGCUUAUUCAGAACGGUUAUUUUUUUCUCAAUUCUUUUUUAAUAUUUUUUUCUCAAUAAAUGUAAGUCUACAUGUUUUAAUGGACAAAGAAACAUUCUGUGUUAACAAUAUUUUUUGUUUGUAUGCAGGUAUUUUUACUGUACAAAUAAAAGUUAUAUUUUUUUCAGAGUAAAAGACAUUUUGUUUCUAGUUUACAUUUCAUUUCACAGCAAGUCACUGGAAUAAAAAGUGUUGGGUAACCACAGCUUUAAAACUCAGGCAAAAUCUUUUUUUGUACCAAUGAUUUGCUUCAGGUGGAAUAUGGAAAUAGAAACAGGGCAGAAACAUGACCAUUUCUUUUU